GCGCGUUGUUGGGCGUUGUGGGGAGCGGGCCGGCGCUGAGGGGAGGAAGGAGCCAAGAUGGUUCUGGAGAGCACCAUGGUGUGCGUGGACAACAGCGAGUACAUGCGGAACGGGGACUUCCUGCCGACGCGGCUGCAGGCGCAGCAGGACGCCGUGAACAUCGUGUGCCACUCCAAGACCCGCAGCAACCCCGAGAACAACGUGGGGCUCAUCACCCUGGCCAAUAACUGCGAGGUGCUGACCACGCUGACGCCGGACACCGGGCGCAUCCUGUCCAAGCUGCACACGGUGCAGCCCAAGGGCAAAAUCACCUUCGGCACCGGCAUCCGCGUGGCGCACCUGGCGCUGAAGCACCGCCAGGGCAAGAACCACAAGAUGAGAAUCAUCGCCUUCGUGGGCAGCCCCGUGCACGACAGCGACAAGGACCUGGUGAAGCUGGCCAAGCGCCUGAAGAAGGAGAAGGUCAACGUGGACAUCAUCAACUUCGGGGAGGAGGAGGCCAACACGGAGAAGCUGACGGCGUUCAUCACGGCAAGGCGCCAACUCGCACCUGGUGACGGGCCGCCGGGGCAGCCUGGCAGCGGCUCGCCCAUCCUGGUGACGCAGCGCCGCCAUGCUGGGCCCAGCCUGGCCGACGCCCUCAUCAGUGACCCGACGCCCAUCCUGGUAGGGGCAAAAACCCCCAAAUGGGCGGCCCCAUGCUGGGCCUGGGCGCCCGACUUGAAAGCCCGGGUGGAUCCCAGCGCCGACCCCGAGCUGGCUCUGGCGCUGCGGGUGUCCAUGGAGGAGCAGCGGCAGCGGCAGGAGGAGGAGGCGCGCAGGGCGGCCGCGGCCUCGGCUGCAGAGGCCGGGAUGGGAGCCACCGGCGGGGACGAGUCGGACGAGGCCCUGCUCAAGAUGACCAUCGGGUGCCCGGACUUUGGGUGUGCCGGGCGGUCCCCUGUGGAGUGUCCCAUGUGUGAGGAGGAGCCCCUUUGUGUGCCCAUGCAGAUGGGCUUGGCUUUUGCAGAGUUUGCCCAGGCUGAGGCUGCCGAGGUGGACAGCGGGGCGGCCAUGGACACCUCCGAGCCCGCCAAGGAGGAGGACGACUACGACGUGAUGCAGGACCCCGAGUUCCUGCAGAGCGUCCUGGAGAACCUGCCCGGGGUGGAUCCCAACAACGAGGCCAUCCGCAACGCCAUGGGCUCGCUGGCCUCGCAGGCGCACCGCGAGCACCGGGAGCACCGGGGCGACAGGAAGGACGAGGAGAAGAAAUGAACCCGGGAACGCCGCGGCAGCGGGGCGCUGGGGGUGCUGAAUGGGUGAAAUAAAGGAAUUAAAGCAGUGUCUGGGGCAUG